GAGCGUCCAGCAGGGGGCAGUAAAGAUAGCUUUUCGUUAAGGGACACUACGCCAGGUAUCCAAAUCCAAACGAUUACGUGACUAACAGUGGAAUUUGUUUAUCUGGCAAUUACUGUAUUUGGCACUCUCGCACCGCAUUUAUUCACAAUAACGGCAGUACCAUGUUUAGCAUGUUAGGGUGUGUUGUGAAAAUGUGAGCAGGCUUACAGAUUUGAUCGAAUUUAGGCUUGUAAAGGUUUACAUAUACAGCACCAGAAACUCCCCGUGGUGGAUAGAGAAGCUCUGACGUCAAGACGUCUCGCGAACUACAGCGACCAUAACGGGGCUGCGGUCGUGUGCACGCCGUGGUCCGCUCGUGGCUUCGGCUCGCUGUCGGCAUUUAAUCGCCUCCAUAUUUCCACGAUGCGGUCGUGGCGUUUUGCCAUGUGGCGCGAUAUGUAGCGCGACGGCUUGGGGACCGUAACAGCAGAGAGGCUGUCCUUUGCCAGCGCGCAUUUCCUGGUACCGGGACUGCGCGCGCUUGAGGCUCGUGAGGGAUCGGUGAGCGACGUAGAGAACGUCUGCCCUUAAACGCACGUCUCGCGUGUCUUGUACAAGGCCGCGGCACGGGCGCACGCUUACGCCGGUCGCGGACGUUCAAUAGCUGGCUGUCUGCGGCAGCGCAGGAAUGUGCGGCUGAUGCACGGUGUGCUGUCUUAUCUGCAGACGGGGUCGGAGGGGCUUGCAUGGCUUCCUCUGCACUAGUAAACAUAACCUUAGCCAGUGCUGAUACCCGCGCCUCUUCUGCGCGCUCUCCGCCGCCGCUACACGGGCUCACCGGGGAGGUACCAAGCCUGCAGGCUUAUCGGCCAAAUAACGAGGCGAGCUGCAGUUUCGCCCGGGACUCGCCCAGCUCGGUUGGCAAACACUGCGACCGGAGUGCCUAGGACUUCGCAUUCUCAACGCACCGUUUGCCUCCGACUGCUCUCGUCGUCUCACCGGACGGGCUGUCAUUUUCUCACGCUGCUCUAGCAGUAUUUCUUAUUGAGCUGUUGCGGUACUCUUCUGCGUCGGUGUCCGGGCUGGAUCUCUUCUCGCACUCUGAACAAACAUCAUCUUUAAAACUGGUGAGCAUUGCACGGAUUAGCACGGGCUGUAAUUCAUGGUGCAUCACUGAUAGAAGUUAUCCCGUACGAGUGACCAUGAAGAAGUUUUUCGAUUCCCGACGGGAAAUGGUGAGUUCGGGGCCCGUUUCGGGACUUGGUGGAGGCAGCACUGGUUCGGCCAGCGGUGGUUCCUUCAUCGGAAAGGUUUUCACCAUCGGCCGGUAUCAAGUAACUGUGGAAGAAACGGUAGCUGAAGGUGGUCAGGUGGUGAACCUGAUGAACCAGCGUCUGCAGACGGGCUUCAGUGAGCAGGAGGUCCUGAGCAUCUUCUGUGACACAUGUGAAGCUGUGUCUCGACUCCACCAGCGCAAAACACCCAUCAUCCACCGGGACCUCAAAGUGGAGAACAUCUUGGUGCAUGACCAAGGUCACUAUGUGCUAUGUGAUUUCGGCAGCGCCAUCAUCCGGUUCCAGGAUCCUCAGGUGGAGGGCGUGGCAACUGUGGAGGAGGAGAUUAAAAAGUACACCACGCUCUCAUACAGAGCUCCAGAAAUGGUGAACCUCUACGGUGGGAAGGUGAUCAGCACAAAAGCAGAUAUCUGGGCUCUGGGCUGUUUGCUCUAUAAGCUGUGUUUUUUCACACUGCCGUUUGGGGAGAGUCAGGUGGCCAUCUGCGACGGCAGCUUCACCAUUCCAGACACAUCCCGUUACUCCCACGACAUGCACUGCCUCAUACGUUACAUGCUGGAGCCAGAUCCUGACAUGAGGCCGGAUAUCUACCUGGUAUCACAUUUCUCCUUCAAGCUAGCACGCAAAGAUUGUCCCAUACAGAACGUUCAGAACUCACCCAUCCCUGCAAAGCUCCCUGAGCCAAUCAGAGCGAGUGAGGCCAUAGCCAAGAAGAGUCAGACUAAAGCCAGACUAACCGAUCCAGUCCCCACAACGGAAACCUCCAUAGCGCCACGGCAACGACCCAAAGCUGGCCAGGCUCAGCCAGUCACGGGUAUCCUUCCCAUACAGCCCGCCCUCACCCCGCGGAAGAGAGCCAACGCCCCCGCGGGAGCCGGCCAGCCUAUCAAUGUGGGAAUAACCCCUCAGCCUGUUGCCUCGGGUCAACCACAGAAGCCCCACACCCAGCACCCGAUCCCUGUCGCUCAGCAACAGGCCACGCCCACACCGCUGCAAGCCACUCCCUCCCCACCUCAGGCCACUCCCCAGCAUGGGCAGCUCUUCGUUCAGCCGCAGGCCACGGCUUUCCUGUCCGCCCAGCAGCAGUCUUUUGCUGGUGGGCAGCCGGGUCACAAAGUGGGCUCCCUGACUCCGCCCUCCUCCCCUAAGACGGCCCCCCGAGGGGGCCACCGCCGCAUUCUGAGUGACGUCACACACAGCGCCAUAUUUGGAGUUCCUGUCAGCAAGUCCACUCAGCUGUUCCAGGCUGCAGCUGCUGAAGCCGGCCUCAACAAAUCCAAAUCGGCCAGCACCACUCCCUCCGGCUCCCCGAGCUCGUCACAGCAAAGUGUCUGCCCGGCGGGGGACGUCAGGGCCCCGUCGGCCGCCCCCAGAGCAGGAACUGGCGCGCAGCCUUCCUGGAACCCUUUCGGUGAUGACAACUUCUCCAAACUCACAGCUGAGGAGCUGCUCAACAAGGACUUCGCCAAACUCGAUACUAAACCUCCUGAGAAGUCCUCAACAGAAAAUCUCAUUUCAGCGUUACAACCUACAGCCCCUAACAAAGGCUAUUCCCAAGGAGCAGCUGGAGCGGACUCUCUGUUUCCCAGUCUGGAGUGUCUGCAGGCUGCUCGUGUGUCUGUGUUGCCAGACGCCCUGGGCGGUCCCCUGCUCCCGCACCCUUCCUCUGCGGUCCCGAUGCUGGCCUCACCCUUAUCGUCCACUCCCGCUCCACCCCUGGACCAGUUCCCUCCUGCGCAGGUGGCCAACGCCCUCCUGCCCCACCCGGCCUUGGACGCGGCUCAGGACGAACGUUCCGGCAGCCGGUUCGACCCUGUGCCGGUGCUCCUCUCCAAAACGCCCAGCCAAGAGGCAAAAGGGACUAAUGGGUAUGGGAAGCUUCUGGAGGCCGCCGAAGCGGAGAUCCCUGCCGAGGGCUGCUUCCAUUCCAGUGACGAAGAGGACGAUGAACGCAAGAGCAAGGAGGUGCAGCUGAGUGGCAGCGGUUCCCGGCCGUUACUGCAGGAUUCCGACGAAGAGGAGCGGGAGACGGCAGCUUCCGGAAGCCUCUGUGCUCCCUCCAGCCUGCAGCCUGCCGCUACCCCGCACUCCUCUCUGAUUACCCAUCAGGCCCCCGGGCAGGCCGGUCGAUCGGAACCCGAUGCCGACGUCUUCUCCCAAGCUCCGUUCCGGAUGGCGCAGGGGGCCGACGGUGGCGGCAGCGACGACGUGUUUGCUAACGCUCCGUUCCUCCGGCCUUCUGCUCCGCCCCACCCGCCCGACGUCUUCCUCCAAGCCCCCUUCUGCAGGCGAAAGGAAACCCGGGGCUCCUUGUACCCCCAUCCGGUCACCCUGUCCGGCUCGCAGCACCCCCACCCGGUGAUCUCUUACCCUGGCGGCAACGAGCACAGCAUCCUCAGCCAGGUGGCUCCUCAGCCCUUUCGACCGCAGGCUUUAGCCAAAUACUCCAGACAUUACGAGGGACCCCUCGCCUCUGAGGCUGAUGGGGCCCAGUUAGGGGAGUCCGGCAUGGGCAAUAAGGGUCCGGUCGCUUCCUGUACGCCUGACGUAAAUGAUCCAUUUGUUUCUGCACCCUUCCAUCUUAAAGCCCCCCAGGAGAAGCACUGACACUACAAGUCCCAUACACUACGCUCAAAAAGACCCCUAGAAUUGAGCUGCACCUUGCAAGUCUGCACCCAGUGUAUUAUGUUUUGUAGUCCAUUGUUUUAAGAACCCAGAGAUGUAGAGAUGCCAAGAUAAGUGUGAAUCCCUUUGAUUAAAAGCUGCUCCGUGAAUACGUUGCAGCCAUAAUGUUAAAUAUCGUUCAAGAAAGAAGCACAUUUGUGUCUUGUGGAGGGGUCUUCUGUAGGGCUGCCCCCUUAUUCCUCGCAAAAUGGGGGUUGUCUUAUCAUCUGUUCUUUGCCUACCUCAGUCUGGUCCUAUGCUGAGAGAGACUGUCCAUUUUUUUCGGCCUAGUGCAUGUCUAAAUAAUGUAUAAUUAGGUGGUUUUGCAUUGCUUUGAGGUUGACCAUCAAUCAUUUUAUAU